CUCUCCCGCCCCUAUAUAAACCACCCAACCCGCUCCGCCAUUGCCCAUUCCCCCUCACUUGGCAUUUCGCCGCUCUCCUCCUCUACACUCUCCGCCUGCUUCGAGUUCGAGACCGCGCGUGCGAGCGAGCGGGCUAGGGUUUUGCGAGGCGGACCUGAUCGAUCGAGCGGCCAUGGAGCAGAGGAACCUGAUCGUGUCGGCCCUGAGCGUCGGCGUCGGCGUGGGGCUGGGGCUCGCGUCGGCGAGGUGGGCUGCCCCCGCACACGGCGAGGGAAGCGGUGGCGUUGGAUCAGGUGCCGGGGUCGCGGAGGUGGAGGCGGAGCUGCGGCGGCUGGUGCUGGACGGCCGCGAGAGCGACGUCACCUUCGACGAGUUCCAUUACUACCUCAGCGAGCAGACGAAGGAAGUGCUCAUCAGCGCAGCUUUCGUGCACCUGAAGAAAGCGGAGCUGUCCAAGCACAUCCGGAACCUCUCCGCUGCAAGUCGCGCUAUACUGCUCUCUGGCCCCACAGAGCCAUAUCUGCAGUCCCUAGCGGGAGCUCUGUCCCACUACUUCAAAGCGCGGUUGUUAAUUCUGGACAUCACCGACUUCUCGCUUCGGAUCCAAAGCAAAUAUGGGGGCUCCAGCAAAGCCAUGGUUCAUAAUCAGUCCAAAGCUGAGACCACUUUUGGGAGGGUGUCUGAUCUCUUUGGUUCUUUUAUGACAUUUCCUAAGAAAGAUGAGCCAAGAGAAUCAUUGCAUCGGCAGACAAGCAAUGCAGAUUUGAGGACUAGAGGUUCUGAUGGUUCUAGCAGCACACCUUCACUUCGAAAAAAUACUUCUGUAUCAUCUGACAUGAGUGAUCUUGCCUCACAAUGCUCUGGACAUCCAGUAAGGCGAACCGUUAGCUGGUGCUUCGAUGAGAAAGUUCUGAUACAGUCACUCUAUAAGGUCAUGGUUUCUGUAGCUGAAAACGAUCCAAUUAUUCUUUACAUAAGAGAUGUCGACCAUUUCCUUUGGAGAUCGCAAAGGACUUACUCUAUGUUCCAGAAAAUGUUGGGCAAAUUAUCUGGUCAAGUGUUGAUACUUGGUUCUCGACUACUCAAUUCUGAUGGUGAUAUUGGGGAUGCCGAUGAGAGAAUUAAUACCUUGUUUCCUUAUCAUGUUGAUAUUAAACCUCCUGAGGAGGAGACCCAUCUUGAUUGUUGGAAAAGCCAAAUCGAAGAGGACACAAAGAAAAUCCAAAUUAAAGAUAAUAGAAACCAUAUCAUAGAGGUACUCUCAGCAAAUGACUUAGACUGUGAUGACUUGAGCUCAAUCUGCGCAGCAGAUACUAUGGUUCUCAGCAAUUACAUAGAGGAAAUCGUUGUCUCAGCAGUCUCUUACCACUUGAUUCACAACAAGGAUCCUGAAUACAAAAAUGGGAAGCUCAUUCUAUCUUCUAAAAGUUUGUCCCAUGGGUUAAGCAUUUUCCAAGAUGGCCAUGGUGGGAAAGACACUCUGAAAUUGGAAGCAAGUGAUGAAACAAAGGGUGAUAUGAAAGGUGCCACUGGAUCUAAGAAGUCAACCACAUCUCCAGUUAAAGAUGGAGAUGGUUCAUCGCCACCACCAAAACCUGAAAUUCCAGACAACGAGUUCGAGAAGCGCAUCAGGCCAGAGGUCAUACCAGCGAGUGAAAUAGGAGUGACAUUUGAUGACAUUGGAGCCUUGGCUGAUAUCAAAGAGUCGCUUCAGGAGCUGGUUAUGCUUCCUCUUCGGCGGCCCGAUCUUUUCAAAGGAGGACUUCUGAAGCCCUGUCGAGGAAUUUUGCUGUUUGGGCCACCUGGAACCGGGAAGACAAUGCUAGCAAAGGCUAUAGCAAAUGAUGCCGGUGCCAGCUUCAUCAAUGUAUCAAUAUCCACCAUAACAUCGAAAUGGUUUGGGGAGGAUGAGAAAAAUGUCCGGGCACUGUUUAGUUUGGCUGCCAAGGUAGCUCCUACAAUUAUUUUUGUGGAUGAGGUAGACAGUAUGUUGGGGCAGCGUUCCCGGUGUGGUGAACAUGAGGCGAUGCGGAAGAUCAAAAACGAGUUCAUGAGUCACUGGGAUGGUCUCUUGUCAAAGUCAGGUGAAAGGAUUCUUGUUCUUGCGGCAACAAAUAGACCGUUUGACCUUGACGAAGCCAUCAUCAGGAGAUUCGAGCGCAGAAUCAUGGUUGGGCUUCCAACUCAAGAGAGCAGAGAGCUGAUUUUGAGGACGGUGUUGUCAAAAGAGAAAGUUGAUGAAAAUAUUGAUUUCAAGGAGCUUGCAACCAUGACCGAAGGAUACAGUGGCAGUGAUCUUAAGAAUCUUUGCGUCACAGCUGCUUACCGCCCUGUUAGGGAGCUCCUGAAGAAAGAACGAGAAAAGGAACUGGAAAGAAGGGAAAAGGAGGUAAAAGAGAAGGCGGCUACGGCAGAGAAUUCAGAAACUCCGAAGAGCAAGGAAGAUGCAGAAAACAAAGAAGAGAAUUCAGAAAACAAGGCGGAUAGCUCAGAGGCAAAGGCUGAAGGUGCCAAGGAAGCGACCGUUGACCUUAGGCCACUGACGAUGGAAGACUUGAGGCAGGCAAAAAAUCAAGUUGCUGCGAGCUUCGCCACCGAGGGUGCUGUGAUGAACGAGCUGAAACAAUGGAAUGAACUCUACGGCGAAGGGGGCUCCAGGAAGAAACAGCAGCUGACAUACUUCUUAUAAUAAAAUGCAUCCUUGAUCAUUUGGUGAUAUUUGCCCAAAAAAACGCCUGGAUUUGAGGAGAGGAUCUUCGAGGAACAGAGCAGGAAUUGGGUCGUGGCAAAUGAAUCUCAGUUUGAGUUCACUCGGUAGCUUGAGUUUCCGUGAGAACGAUGGUUCCAUGAGUUCAAUAGUUCAGUAUAAACAGGUCAUCAUGUACAAUUCUUUUACAUACAUUUGUAUAUGUACAAUUCUAGAUUGCAAUUUCCUUCGUUUGUUAGUUUGCAUAUGUACAUUUGGAUUCAACAGUUUCUUGUAUUAGACGGUGUCAUUCCAGCUUCUCAUCGGCUGCUAUAAUGUAGUAAAGCACAGCGAGUACAAUUCCAUAUGUUCA